ACCAAUUAGUGGACAACUCUUAUCAGGCGUGCAUUCAUUAAACGGAAGUACGCGCCCCGAGCAGCUGACAAGUUAUAAAUGCGUCAACUUUGAACAAGUUUUGCACGCGUUCAAACUUGACACUCGUAGCGGAUCAGACUGCCUGCUCACCAUCACCAGCUGGUAACUUGAACCAUGCUUCCUUGCAACGAUGACAACAAACGGAGGCUUUUGCGAGCCUUUUUGCUCGUCCUCGUCUGCCAUUUGGGGACUUUCAGCACAGCUGCGCAAGAAGAGAGGGCUCGACGUGGGACUUUUCUCUUCAACAAUCUGUGUGCCCUGAAAGCGGACCCGGGGCCUUGCAGGGCCUUAAGGGACAGAUUCUUCUUCAAUGUGGACACGGGCCGUUGCGAGCAGUUUGAAUACGGUGGUUGUAGAGGGAAUAAGAACAACUUUGAAACCCUGGAGGCAUGCCAAAAAGUGUGUCUCGUCUCAGAUGAUAAGAAUCCGUGUGAUUUACCCCAAGUGGAAGGUCCCUGUCGCGCCCUGAUGCCUCGUUUCUACUUUGACAGCAAAAGUCGGCAGUGCAAGCACUUCUAUUACGGCGGUUGCUUUGGCAAUGCCAACAAUUUCUUUAGUAUGGCUGCGUGCGAGGAGAAAUGUCAAAGACAAGAAGACGAUGCUCAGACCAGUGCCCAAGUAAUCAAUGAUGCGCAACAAACCAUAAAAACUGGUCAGCACUUGGUCAACAAGACUGUGGUGCAAAUGAACGGCACCGAUUCAAAGUCCUCACCAGAUGUAAAGCAGGAGGACAGGUGCUCCAGUCCUAUUGACAGAGGAACUUGUGACGGAAGCAUGCGCAGGUUUGCUUACAACCCCGCGACCAGAAGAUGUCAGGAGUUCACGUACAGCGGCUGUGGAGGGAACAACAACAACUUCAAACACCGGAGACAGUGUUUUAGGAAGUGCGUUAAAAACCAGAAAGAUGGUGGGAUGAAGAUGAUCCGGAUAAGGAAGAAAAACAUCCCCAAAAUUCUUCUCGACUCGGUCUGAAGACACAUUUGCACUAGAUCCUGCACUUGUCUAACCUGUAUUUAUCCCCACAUAUAUAUUUUUGUUGCCGUUAGACCUGCACUCCAUUUUUGAUAAUGGAUGCAAGGGUUUCUGCUUUGUAGUGAGCACGUGCAAUUUACAUUUUUCUGCACAUGAUUUCAUCAUGUCUUUGACAAUAAACACUUUAGUUUUGCAGUUUCAACCUAACAAAUUAAGCAAUUCUCAUUUUAACAUUCAAUAUUGUAUUUUCCAUUUGACAGAUAAUCAAACGUGUGUGUCAAUGUACAAAUGACAUACCGGGAAGGUUCUUGAACUGUAUCAUGUAAUAACGAUGUCUGUGGGCGACAAUUUAAUCUGAAUAAUCCUCAAAUGUCUGCUUUCAAUACAAAUACUGAUCACAUAAUCAAUACCGUUUCACUGUACUUGCAGCAAAAAUCCGUCACAAAUUGCUUGCUCCGAAUAAAUGUGAUCAUUUCUAAAAAUGUGUACACUAUUUGUGUUCCUAAAAACCAGAGGGGGGCAGUGUUGUUCAAAGUUGUAGUUCUGACAGUGGUCUCUUAUCUUGUUUUAAAACCAUGUCUCUGCUGCUUUGUAGGACACUUUGAAAGCUGUUACUGUCGAUCUAAGGACUAGAAUGUUUACUUUUUGACAUAGUUGUCUGUAGAUAAUGUUGGUGCCAAAUUUUGAAUUUUUUCAACUCAUUUUUUUUAUUUUCCAUGAGUAAAUUUAAUUUAUCAUGGAUUUUUUUUUUUUUUUAAUGGAAAUUUAAAGUCGUUAUUAAAAGGAAUAACUAAAAUAAUUGUGAUAUUAUUGUUGGGGAAAACAAUACCUCAAUUUACAGGAAUAAAGUUGAAACAUGUUAUUUAAGAUAAUUAACACUGGAAGUCCCGGGUUUUUUGGCUAUAAAGAAAUACCAGAAAAGCAUCAAAUGACCCUGAUACCAAACUGACUACUUUGCUUUUUCAAACAAUAGACCACUCAAGUAAUCAAGCAGCCUAGGUGUGAAGGUUUUUUUUACUCUGGAUAGCUGCAGUUAGCAUCUUGAAUAUUUGCAAAUCCAGACACGUUAAUUCCUGGGUUAGUGUAAAAAUGAUGAGAGGGGCCAUGUGGCAUGAAAGUAGCAUCCAGAACUGUUGCUAAACCAGUCUACAUUUUAGACAAUUGAGUUUUAGAACCUCUGGAACAAAUCCCAUCAAGCACCUAUACUUUGUCUUGACAGGUCCAACAUUGUUUUCAAGGUUCACAGUUUAUUAUGGUGAAGCACACAAUGACCAAAGAACUUUCCACAGCAGCUCAAACGGCUGUUUUGUCACAGCAAACACAAGCUUCAGUAUGCAGUAUAUACUUUAAAAAGGUUGUCCGCCCGAUUGCCUGCCUGAGUGGUCCACUGUCCGACAAAGCCAAGGCAGCCCUGCCCUGCAAACACUCAAAUUGCUAACUAGCAAUCCAACACUGGUUUUGUGGGAAUGGGAAAAACUUAAUGAUCUCAGUGCUCACAAAAGAUAUGCUGAUUGGGGUCAUGUGACCCUUCUCUGGUAACAAAAGUGAUUUGAAUCAACUGAUCCACCCUCUGUAGUUCCAGUGUUAAACUUCUUGUGCUGGUCGGACUAUAUUAAAUGAUAUAUAUACACGGAUUCGACAAAAUGAUGGAAACACCAAACAUUUUGGCAUCAUAGUCAUCGAACAUAAUUGGCAUGAGGAACAUUCUAAUGAAGUUGAGCAUCUCGUAUGGCCGGCACAAUCCCCAGACCUCAACAUUAUUGAGCAUUUAUGGUCUAUUUGAGAUUCAAUUAAGAUGUCGAUUUCCACUGCCAUAGUUUCAGAAAGAGGAUUUUUUUUAAACUGAAGAAUGGCUUUAAAUUGCUUUGGAAACUUUUCACAAGUUCUAUGAAUCAAUACCUCAGAGAAUUGAUGCUGUAAUUGGCGCAGAAGGGGAACCUGCUCCAUAUUAAAUUUGUUUUUGUUGAUUUUUUUUUUUUUUGUUUUUUUUAGGUGUUUCCAUUAUUUUGUCCAACCAAGGGCGUAGGUUUGCAUGGGGACGGUAGGGACAUAACACUAGCAACUUUUCAGGAUGCUGAAAUUGUCCCCACCAACUUAUAAGCAACCUUAUUUGCAUCAUAUAAUGACUUCAGGUAUAUAGGUAAUUUAGUCUUCCCAUAAGUUGUAAGGAUAGAAUUGACCCUACCAUUAUAAAGUGAAUUACAAUGUACUUUCAUUAUGUUCACUUAAAUUGAUCUCUUCACUUGCUGAAUGUUUUCCCCUCAAACCCAUGUUUGAUAGGCUGAUGACUUGACACCCCCCCCCCCCACACACACACACACGCAUUCACAGCCCCAACAGAAAUAAGACAUGCC